AUGGAGCUGCUGUGCGGGCCGGGGUCGGGGCGCGCACGCGCGGAGGGCGGGCCGCUGGCGGAGCGCGCGCUGCGGAACCUGCUGUCGGCCGAGGAGCGCUACCUGCCGCCCCGCGCCCGCGCGCCCCGCCUCCGCCCGCACGCGCGCCGCGCCCUGGCCGCCUGGAUGCUCGAGGUCUGUGAGGAGCAGAAGUGCGAGGAAGAGGUCUUCUCCUUGGCCAUGAACUACCUGGACCGCUUCCUGGCGGGGGUCCCCACCCUCAAGGCCCACCUGCAGCUGCUGGGGGCCGUGUGUAUGUUCCUGGCCUCCAAGCUAAAGGGGAGCAGCCCGCUGACGGCCGAGAAGCUGUGCGUCUACACCGACAACGCCGUGACCCCCCACGAACUCCUGGAGUGGGAGCUGGUGGUGCUGGGGAAGCUGAAGUGGAACUUGGCGGCCGUCACCCCACACGACUUCGUGGAGCACAUUCUCCGGAAGCUUCCCCAGCAGCCCGAGACGCUGCCUCGCAUCCGCAAGCACGUGCAGACCUUCAUCGCGCUGUGUGCCACGG